AUGGUGCCAACCAGGUACCUCUCUCAUCCUCUAUUCAAAAUAAUGUUAGAGAAGGCAUACGACGAGUUCGGGUCUGAGCAAAGUAAUGGGCUAGUGGUUCCAUUUAGUGUUACUACUUUCCAAGAGGUGGUAAAUGCUGUGGAGUGCUGCAAUGGAAGGUUUGAUUUUCGAAAUUUGGUUGAUGAGGUUAUCAAUGGCCUUGACCAUGAGAAAGAUAAGGUCAUUCAUGUCCCAGAAAUGCUUCUAAUUAUUUUUAGCAUUUGCAAAUGA